AUGCGUUACUCCCAGAUCUUUGGCAGUGCUGCUGCGCUUGUUGGCUCUGCUCUUGCUCAAGGUGAGGCACAAUCUACCAUUGUCUAUGAUGCAGAGACGAAGAUCAGCUAUUCGUCAUACUCGGACGCCGAGUCAGGGAUGAGUUUUGGUCUUGCCCUACCCAAGAACGUUACGGAUCCGUUCGAUGCUAUCAUUAGGAUUACGGCUCCAAUUGCCAACCAAUGGGCUGGUUUCUCAUGGGGAGGACAUAUGGUCUGGAAUCCACUGAGCGUCGCCUGGCCGAAUGGUCAAUCAGGAACAAUUUCAGCACGCUUUGCAUUUUCCAUCGGCCUACCACUCGGAUACGAUCAAGCUGAGCAUAGCUAUCUCAAAGGGACAAGGACAAACAGUACACACUGGACUGUCAAUGCUGUCUGUCGCGGAUGCACCGGCUGGCAGGACAGUGAAGAAAAGCGCAUGGUUCUCAACGCCACGGGUACCACCGAAUUCGCGUGGGCUUACGGAAUCUCUCGAGUGGAGGAUCCAGCACGGAACGAUUCUGCUUUCAAUGUACACCAGGCCUGGGGCAAAUGGAUCCACAACCUGGACGCCGCGCGGAUCGACAACUUCGAUUCUUUGGUCAAGACCAAUUUGCUAACAGCGCCUGUAGCCAAUCCUAGCGCUCCUACAACCGUUGUGACGAGCGUCGUACCAUCUGCAACUAUAAAGCCAGCUGCUCCAGCUGCCAUACCAGCCUCCUGUUCCGGCGCUGGAGCCCCGGUUUUCCAGGGAAAUCUGGCUGCGGGAUGGAAAGCCACCAAGAUCGCUGGAGGCUUGACCAGCCCUCGCAGCAUCCAGUUUGACAGCGCAGGUAACAUGCUAGUUGUACAGGCUGGAAAAGGUAUUUCAUACCACAAGAUGGGUGCAGACGGCUGCGUGACUUCGACCAAGAUGUUGGUGUCUCAGAAUAACUUAAACCACGGUAUUGCCAUGAGUCCUGAUGGCAAGACCCUGUACGCUAGUUCCAUGACUCAGGCCUUUUCCUGGCCAUAUGAUGCUGCUGCAGGUACCGUUGGAACACGAGCAACUAUCAUUACCGGCAUGGUCAAUGGCGGUUCGCAUUUGACUCGGACUCUUGCUAUCGCACCGCAUGCUCCCAAUCUGCUGGUCGUAUCGCAUGGAUCUAAUUCCAACAUUGAUGCCGCUACCAACGACCCAAAGACUGGCCGGGCCAUCAUCAAGGUCUUUGAUUUGUCCAAGAUCCCAAGUGGAGGUUACAACUACGUGUCGGGUGGAUACAACGCAGGCUACGGACAGCGCAAUGAAGUUGGUAUCUGCUUCGACAAGAAUAACAUGCUUUGGGGCGUGGAGAACAGUGGUGACGACUUCAAGCGCAACGGCAAAGACAUUCACAUGAACAACCCCGGCGAGAAAAUCCAUUACAUGGGCGAUGUCACCAAGCCAAAUGACAACUGGUAUGGAUAUCCUACCUGCUUCACUGUCUGGCAACCCAGUGACUUCACCGACAAAACCUUCAAGGUCGGCGACUGGUUCGUGCAAGCACCCACUUCUUCCUUUGGCGACGAAACAUGCAGUCAGCGGGCCACCGCACCCAAGCUCACCCUGUUUCCUCACUCUGCACCCAUUGAUUGCAAGUUCGAUGCCGAGAGUACGACCAUGUACAUUACCUAUCAUGGUAGCUGGAACCGCUCGCCCGUCACGGGCUUCAAGCUCGUCGCUGUGCAGUUUAAGCUUGGCGCUGAUGGCCAGUAUACGCCUGUCGAGCCGCUUACCAGCACAACCGCGGCCAAGGAUAUCUUUUACAAUCCGAGGGUGGAGAGCUGUCAGGGUAAUGGCCCGGGAUUCAGCUCGGGUUGCUUCAGACCUGCAGGCUUGGCAUGGGAUCCCCAGGGUCGGUUGAUCAUGACGUCGGAUACAUCGAGCAAUGGUGAGCUGUGGAUCUUGGGUACAUCUUGA